AUACCAUUUCUUUUUUCAUUGCGCUUCCUCAGCGUCUUACAACAUGAAGUGCAUUUCUGCUGUGAUCGCCGCAGGCCUGGCCAAUAUCGUCACUGCGGCUCCAUUACCGGUACUAGAUGUACCUGCAGCUCUCAGUAACAUCUUAGCAAACACCCAUCAGAGUAAUCUGUACACUUAUCCCACGGAUUUGACCCGUGGCAUCGUUCCUAAACCGAUCCACUCGCAUAAUGAUUACUGGCGGGAUGUUCCUUUCUACUCAGCCCUAUCCGUUGGCGCUGUAUCUGUAGAAGGAGAUGUCUGGCUAUACAACGACACACUCUAUGUUGGCCAUGAGCGAUCUGCUUUGACCGAAGAACGUACACUUCAGUCAUUAUAUAUUGAACCUAUCCUCGACACAUUGACUAGAGAGAAUCCCGUCUCGCAAUUUGUCAUAUCCCCCACCAAAAAUGGUGUCUAUGACGUCGCCGGUGACCAGACUCUCUUCUUCUGGGUUGAUAUCAAAACGAAUGGUCCAACUACAUUGCCAUAUGUCAUUCAGGCUCUCGAGCCUCUCCGCGCCGGUGGAUGGCUGACCAGCGUUAAUGAGACCGGUAUCACUUGGGGACCUGUUACAGUGAUCGGUACGGGAAAUACUCCCUUGUCUCAUGUGGAAAACGUGACAAGUCGAGACUAUUUUUUCGAUGCGAACUUGGCAAAGCUCGAUAGUGAUCAAUCCUCUGUCACCCACCUCAUCAGCCCCAUAGCCAGCACGGAUUUCGAGGCUUCAAUUGGCAAGGUAGCAGGGUCCUCGCUCAAUGACACGCAGUUGGCUACGCUGCGUCAGCAAAUAUCCGAUGCCCACAGCAAGGGCAUCGCCGUGCGCUACUGGAAUACUCCUGCGUGGCCUAUUACUACACGCAACGGUAUUUGGAAGCAGCUUAUUGAGGAAGGCGUUGAUCUUUUGAACGCAGACGACCUUGCGGCUGCCGCAGGAUUCUCGACGCAAUCUCGUUACUGGUAA